AUGGUGGGUGAAGAAAAGACUUCUCUAAGAAAUCGGUGGUGUAAGUCCAGUGAAAAUCCUGAGGAAGAUGAAGAUGAGAGAAAGCCUAAAAAGGAGUCUGUAGAGACACCUGAUAAUGGUCAGCUUAAUGUAAACCAGUUACUGUCAAAGAAGAUACAAUUGACAGUAGAGGCAGAGCAAUUGAAGCCAUUUUUUAUGAAGGAAGUUGGGAAUCACUUUGAUGAUUUUGUGACCAAUCUCAUUGAAAAAUCAGCAUCAUUAGAAAAUGGUGGGUGUGCUCUCACAUCUUUUUCUGUUCUUGAAGGAGAGAAAAACAACUACAGAGUUCAAGAUCUGAGGGCACCUCCAGAACAAGGAAAACUUUUUGUCAUAAGGCGAUCUCUCUUAGAUGAGCUGCUUGAGGUGGACCACAUCAGAACAAUAUACCACAUGUUUAUUGCCCUCCUCGUUAUCUUUAUCCUCAGCACAGUGGUAGUAGAUUACAUUGAUGAAGGAAGGCUGGUGCUUGAGUUCAGUCUUCUAUCUUAUGCUUUUGGCAAAUUGCCUAUUGUUAUCUGGACCUGGUGCGCCAUGUUCCUGUCUACACUUUCAAUUCCCUAUUUCCUUUUUCACCGUUGGGCCAAUGGAUACAGGAAGAGUUCCUACCCAGUGCUUCAUUCUGUUGUCUACGGCUCACUUUUCGUAUUCUUCCAGAUUGGAGGUUUAGGUUUUGGACCAACAUAUGUUACAUUAGCAUAUACACUGCCACCAGCUUCCCGAAUCAUUGUUAUACUUGAACAGAUUCGUUUUGUAAUGAAGGUUCAUUCAUUUAUCAGAGAGAACGUGCCUCGGGUACUGGAGUCAGCUAAGAAGAAAUCAAGCACUGUACCAAUACCUACAAUUGGCCAGUACUUGUACUUCUUGUUUGCUCCAACGCUCAUCUACCGUGACAGCUAUCCCAGGACCCCCACUAUAAGAUGGGGUUAUGUUGCUACACAGUUUGCACAGACUUUUGGCUGCAUUUUUUAUGUGUACUACGUCUUUGAAAGGCUCUGUUUCCCCUUGUUUGGGAAUAUCAAACAGGAGCCCUUCAGUGCCCGCGUGUUGGUCCUAUGUGUAUUUAACUCCAUGUUGCCAGGUGUGCUGAUUCUUUUCCUUAGUUUCUUCGCCUUUUUGCAUUGCUGGCUCAAUGCCUUUGCUGAGAUGUUGCGCUUUGGUGACAGGAUGUUUUAUAAGGAUUGGUGGAAUUCUACAUCAUACUCCAACUAUUACAGGACCUGGAAUGUGGUGGUCCAUGACUGGCUAUAUUACUAUGCUUAUAAGGACUUUCUCUGGUUUUUCACUAAGAGGUUUAAAUCUGCGGCCAUGUUAGCUGUGUUUGCCGUGUCUGCCAUCGUGCACGAGUAUGCCUUGGCUCUUUGUCUGAGCUUUUUCUAUCCAGUGCUCUUCGUGCUCUUCAUGUUCUUUGGAAUGGCUUUCAACUUCAUUGUCAAUGAUAGUCGGAAAGGGCCAAUUUGGAAUGUUAUGAUGUGGAUUUCCCUUUUCUUGGGCCAUGGAAUCAUCGUGUGCUUUUAUUCUCAAGAGUGGUAUGCACGUCAGCAUUGUCCUCUGAAAAAUCCCACAUUUCUGGAUUAUGUCCGACCACGUUCCUGGACUUGCCGUUAUGUAUUUUAG